AGAAGAAGAAGCUGGAUCCAGCUGUAUGACUAAGGAGCAGCUGCUGUGCAAGGAGAGGAGCAGUCACUGGGGGGCUAAGCCAUUACCACACUGCACCUGCUGUCCUGCAAAGUGUCAUAUCCUGAGGAGGGUGCCAGGCUGCAGCCCUGUGCCCAGCUGGAGUGCCCUGAUGACAGACAAGCCCUGACCCCCUCCCCAGUCCUCUGCUGCACCCCAGCCUGUGUCCAGAGUGACAUCAGCAGAGACACCAGAAGAAGAGGAGGGGGGGAGCAGCUCAUCAGUCAGGACCAUAAUAUUCCUAUAGAGGAGACAAAAGGCUGGCAGUCCAGUGUGGAGAUGGCUUCCCUCAGCUUGUCCAGGAAGAAGAAUGCCUCCAGGAAUGCAGCGGUGGAGAGGAAGAACCUGAUCACAGUCUGCAGAUUUUCUGUAAAAACGCUGAUCGACCGUUCCUGCUUUGAGACCAUUGAUGAUUCUGCCCCUGAAUUUUUAAACUUUGCCUCCAUUCUGGAACAGAUCCUAAGCCAUCGUCUCAAAGGUCAGCUCACUUGGUUUGGCUAUGAAAGUCCUCGAAGCUUCUGGGAUUAUAUACGGGUUGCAUGUUCCAAAGUAUCUCACAGUUGUAUCUGUAGUAUUGAGAACAUGGAGAAUGUCAGCUCCUCGAGAGCUAAGGGUAGGGCUUGGAUCAGAGUUGCACUUAUGGAAAAACGCUUGUCCGAGUAUAUUACAGCUGCACUGAGAGACUAUAAGACGACAAGGAGGUUUUACGACGAUGGAGCGAUAGUCUUAGGUGAAGAAGCAAACAUGCUUGCGGGUAUGCUGCUCGGACUCAAUGCCAUUGAUUUUAGUUUUUGCCUUAAAGGAGAGGGCCUGGAUGGGAGUUACCCAGCCGUCAUAGACUACACGCCAUAUCUCAAGUUUACUCAGAGCUCUGAUAGCAUCAGCAGUGAUGAGGAAGAGCUCAGGACAUUAGGGAGCAGCGGCAGCGAGAGCAGCACCCCAGAAAAUUUUGUUCCGCCAUUCCUGGAUGAAAACAGCUGGUACAACAAGUGCAAGAAGUCGGAACAGAAGUAUCGGCUCGCCUUGGAGCAAAAGGGAUACCUCGAAGAGUUGGUCCGUCUGAGGGAAGUUCAGCUCUCGGAUUCUGUGACUCAGAACAAAUUGUUACUUCAGAGGAUUAAAGAUAUAGAACUGAACCACAAACUGGAGAAGGAGCAGCUGGAAUACAUCAUUGUGGAACUCCAGGACCAACUGACUGUACUAAAGAAUAAUGACUUAAGAUCGAGACAGGAGUUAACCACUCACCUCACCAAUCAGUGGCCUUCCCCAGGAGCUCUGGAUGUUAAAGCUGUGGCCCUGGAGACUUUGCUUUACCAAAAGCACAAUGAACAGUGGGAUGAUAAAACGUUCCACCGUUUGGGGCACCUAUCAGCAGAUGCCAGCUUGUCUCAGAUUUCGUUUGACCCUGGGCAUUCGCAUGAUGGAAAACUUGACAGCUCCCGCCUAACUGGAGGUAAAGAAGAAACCCCUUCCUUACUGGGACUCUGUGGAUCCUUAACCUCUGUCGCGAGUUACAAGUCCCUCACAAGCCUCAAGUCCAGUGAAUGUCUUGCCAGUCCCACCACAGAGAUGACAAGCCCAGGCCUAACCCCAUCAUGAACCGAGUACGUGUACAGGAAAGGACAAGCUUGUUCUCUCUUAUUUUUUCAUAUGCAGACUAUACUCCAUUUCUGGACGGCUGCAGAAGAAGGCACAAUGUCUUGCUAAACCCAUUGACUUAAUUUUUGGCCUUUUUAAUUAUUUUAUUUUUUUUUGGUUCAGAAUGUAUCACACCGAAAAUGUUUUUUGUUUUAAGUGGGUCUGACUGGUAACUGCACGUUAUGGUGGUUGUACCAUGAUGCCACCAGUCAAGGUGCCACUGUCCGUGUGACAAUAGUCCUUACCCCCGCUGGUAAGUCACCAGUAUUUGCCCAUUCCAUCCAAGUAUGCAGCUUAGCACUGGACUGAAACGCGUCUACACUAAACAAUUGAUUGUCUCACAUGGUGAUGUGGCACCAUCUGUUCGUCUUUGUGUUGUUUUAUUUCGGUCGCAGGCUUUUCUUCCUUUUUGUGCCAUAUGCAGGUCUACAUGGCUGAACACGUGGGCCUUUUUUUCUAUUUUUGUAUGUGCAAGGUUAAUCCUUCCAUUAAAAAAAAAAAAGUACAAAACAUAGAAAUAAAACAUGGGUUGUCAGCAAACGUUCUAUGGUAAUUU